GGAAAAUCUCGCCUUGUUCCGCGGGCCAAACGUUUGCAUAACCACCCAGUUUCCUGAAUUGAGUCGUUUUACCGUUUUGGUUGAUUCCGUCUAUCCUGCUCUAAUUAACUUCCUCUCCGCCGACAUUGUACCUACGGACAAGCUUGGCGAGGUUCGAUCUCGUGCCUCACCAAGUUGACACAAAUUCCUCAAAAUGGCAACAAAAGCUAUUCAGCUCGAAGAGUGCUUCGAGCACCUGAAUGUUAACGAUGAAAACGACCAUGGUGACAGAUUGGUGCAAAAGUCCAAGAUCUCCAUGUCCACAGCGCAAAUGUCUCAUGGCAGCUCCAGACCGAACCUGUUCAAGGUCGCCCUACAAUCGCAAAGCGCAAACACAGUCACGGCGGUGACACUCCCAUCCCAGGCAGCCCAAAGAAAGAUGGCUCCGCCGCCCAAGAGCAGAGAACCUCCUUCACCCAGCAAACACAAAAAGGAUUCAGUCUCGUCCAGCGUGGAUGAGCUUGCGCACGAUGAAGCUGAAGCCCCGGCCCCGAGAGUACCCAAGGAAUUCCACCUGGGAAUGUUCGAGAUCGGACGGCCUCUGGGCAAGGGAAAGUUCGGUCGUGUAUACCUUGCCCGUGAGCGCACCACCGGCUUCAUCUGCGCACUCAAGGUCCUGUACAAGAAGGAGCUCGAGUCUGGCAGUGUCGAAAAACAGGUCCGCCGAGAAAUCGAGAUCCAAACGAAUCUCUGCCAUCCAAACAUUUUGAAGAUGUACGGUCAUUUCCAUGACAACAAACGUAUAUUCCUCAUCCUUGAAUUCGCCGGCAAAGGUGAAUUGUAUAAACACUUGCGCAAAGAAAACCGCUUCCCGGAGUGGAAGGCCGCCCAAUAUGUCGCUCAAAUGGCCAGCGCCCUUAAGUACCUCCACCGGAAGCACGUCAUACACCGGGAUAUUAAGCCCGAGAACAUUCUAGUUGGUCUUCACGGAGAAUUGAAGAUUUCGGAUUUUGGUUGGAGCGUACAUGCUCCUAACAACCGUCGCAAGACGCUUUGUGGCACUCUCGACUAUCUUCCACCCGAGAUGGUGACCAAGUCUGGCUCCAAGGAGAACUUUUAUGACGAAAAGGUUGACCUUUGGAGCUUGGGCGUCCUGACUUACGAGUUUGUCGUUGGCGAGGCACCCUUUGAGGACACGCCGGUUAUGACACAAAGGAGGAUUGCCAGGGCCGACAUGACUAUCCCGUCUUUCGUUAGCCCAGAGUGCCGUGAUCUGAUCAAGAAGCUCUUGGUUAUUGACCCUGUUAAGAGGCUCUCUCUGGACGCUGUCCAAAAGCAUCCUUGGAUCAUCAAGCACUGUGUCAAGGGUGAGCGUGCCACGAACCGCGAGAAGGGCCGUGGUAGCGAGUGACCGAAGUAAAGGAUCGUUUUGAUGACAUUAUGAUCGAUUUUGUCUCACGUCCAAGAACUGUAAUCAUGCCGGCGUUGAUCGGGAGUAACUGCAUCUGGCAAGUGGUGUUCAAGGAG